ACCUUUAUCCGAUUGUCCGUUCCAUCGCUGCCUCAGUCUCCCACUGCUUCUUCGCCGAUCCAAGGAGGAGGAGGAGGAGGAAUUUGCAGGAGGGCUAUGUAAGGCCUGCCUCAGGCAUUGUUCUCGUUUGCAGCUGGCUGCUGGUUGUCUCUUACAGCUUCGUGUGGUUCGGUGCCGGGUUUGGAGAUAGUAGGGUUUAGAGAUAAAAAAGAAGGAUUGCUUCUCUGCGUUAGAAUUUCGAGCAGGUUUUGAGGAGUGUCUUGUUUUUAUUAAUUUUUGUUUCGAUCAUCGAGUUUAGACCGUGCAUUGAGAGAGAGAGAGAGAGAGAGAGAGAGAGAGCUAGGGAUCAAAAUGUCGUCACUGGCGCACUCGUUGACGCUCCCGUCCGUCGGGGCGAAUCUAAAUGUUGGCCAGCUCAAUGGCGGUGCGAAGAGUUGGAGACGAGCGGCUGCGAAAGCUUCGUUGGGAAGGCGGAACAUGCAUUCGAAGUCUGUGAGCUCGACAAUCGGUCCGUUCCAGUCCUUUUCGGGGAUGCGCAAAGCGUCUGUGAUUGACUCUUUGAUUGUGAAACAAGGAAAGGACUUCAAGUCUGUUGUCGCGAAUUCUACUCAAGUUUUGAACCAAUGCCAACCAUCGAAGGCUGUGACCACGGCUAUGUUUGAGCGUUUCACUGAGAAGGCUAUUAAGGUCAUCAUGUUGUCGCAGGAGGAGGCCAGACGUCUCGGGCACAAUUUUGUUGGUACUGAGCAAAUCUUGCUUGGUCUCAUCGGUGAGGGUACUGGUAUUGCUGCCAAAGUGUUGAAGUCCAUGGGAGUGAACCUUAAAGAAGCUCGUGUGGAAGUGGAGAAGAUCAUUGGUCGGGGGAGCGGCUUCGUGGCUGUUGAGAUUCCCUUUACGCCCAGGGCCAAACGAGUGCUCGAGCUCUCAUUAGAGGAAGCUAGGCAACUUGGUCAUAAUUACAUUGGUACAGAGCAUUUGCUUCUGGGGUUGCUACGAGAGGGAGAAGGUGUGGCCGCCCGAGUUCUUGAGAAUCUUGGCGCUGACCCCAGCAAUAUUCGUACUCAGGUGAUUCGAAUGGUUGGCGAGAAUACAGAGGCUGUUGGUGUCAGAUCUGGCAGUGGCAGCAGCGGGAACAAGAUGCCCACCCUAGAGGAGUAUGGAACGAAUUUGACCAAACUCGCUGAGGAGGGAAAGCUGGACCCAGUCGUUGGGAGGAUUUCACAGAUAGAGCGAGUAACUCAAAUCCUUGGCCGUAGAACCAAAAAUAACCCAUGUCUUAUUGGAGAGCCUGGGGUUGGAAAAACUGCUGUUGCCGAAGGUCUGGCUCAGAGGAUUGCAUCUGGGGAUGUGCCUGAGACAAUUGAGGGCAAGAACGUUGUUACCCUGGACAUGGGGUUGCUGGUUGCCGGAACGAAGUACAGAGGAGAAUUUGAGGAGAGGCUGAAGAAACUGAUGGAAGAAAUCAAACAGGCAGACGAUAUCAUUCUCGUAAUCGAUGAAGUGCACACACUUAUAGGUGCUGGUGCCGCUGAGGGUGCUAUCGACGCUGCCAACAUCUUGAAGCCAGCUUUGGCUCGUGGUGAAUUACAGUGCAUUGGAGCAACUACGCUUGAUGAGUAUAGAAAGCACAUCGAGAAAGAUCCUGCAUUAGAACGUCGUUUCCAGCCUGUGUUGGUUCCAGAGCCUACCGUUGAGGAAACCAUUGAGAUCCUCCGAGGUUUAAGGGAGAGAUACGAGAUUCAUCAUAAAUUGCGUUACACAGAUGAAGCUUUGAUUGCAGCAGCUCAGCUCUCUUACCAAUAUAUCAGUGAUCGGUUUUUACCUGACAAAGCUAUAGACUUAAUCGAUGAGGCAGGUUCUAAAGUUAGGCUGAAACAUGCUCAGCUUCCGGAAGAGGCAAAGGAGCUUGAUAAGGAGUUGCGUGCCGUUACGAAGGAGAAAAAUGAAGCUGUCCGUGGACAGGAUUUCGAGAAGGCCGGAGAACUGAGGGAUCGCGAGAUGGAGUUGAAGGCCCAAAUUUCAGCUUUCAUUGAGAAGGAUAAAGAGAAGGUUAAGGCUGAGAGUGAGACUGGUGAUGUUGGUCCUACUGUUGAAGAAGCUGACAUUCAGCAAAUUGUGUCUGCGUGGACAGGUAUUCCUGUAGAGAAGGUCUCAAGUGAUGAGUCUGAUCGUCUGUUAAAGAUGGAGGAUACCCUUCAUAAUCGCGUCAUUGGCCAGGAUGAAGCCGUGAAGGCCAUUAGUCGUGCAAUUCGCAGAGCACGUGUUGGACUUAAGAAUCCCAAUCGUCCCAUAGCCAGUUUUAUCUUCUCUGGUCCUACUGGAGUUGGUAAAUCGGAGCUUGCCAAAAGCCUUGCGUCCUACUAUUUCGGUUCUGAGGAGGCUAUGGUCAGACUUGAUAUGUCCGAAUUUAUGGAAAGACACACCGUCUCCAAACUUAUCGGUUCUCCACCAGGAUACGUCGGUUACAGUGAAGGAGGCCAACUGACAGAGGCCGUACGAAGAAGGCCCUACACCGUGGUCCUUUUUGAUGAGAUUGAGAAGGCACAUCCUGAUGUUUUCAACAUGAUGCUUCAGAUUUUGGAAGACGGACGCCUGACCGACAGCAAAGGACGGACUGUAGAUUUUAAGAACACUCUUCUAAUUAUGACUUCAAAUGUAGGGAGUAGUGUUAUCGAGAAAGGUGGCGGUGGUAUUGGUUUCCAGUUAGACUACGGUGAGAAGGAUUCCAGCUACAACCGCAUUAAAAGCCUUGUUAAUGAGGAGCUGAAACAAUACUUCAGACCUGAGUUUUUGAACAGACUUGAUGAGAUUAUCGUCUUCAGGCAAUUGACCAAAUUGGAAGUUAAGGAGAUCGCCGACAUUAUGUUAAAGGAAGUCUUUGAGCGUCUGAAAAAGAAAGAGAUCGAUUUACAGGUGACUGAGAGGUUUAGGGAUCGUGUUGUUGAAGAAGGCUACAGUCCUAGCUAUGGUGCCCGGCCGCUGCGGCGAGCAAUUAUGAGGCUAUUGGAAGACAGUAUGGCAGAGCGCAUGCUCUCUGGAGAAAUCAAGGAGGGGGACUCGGCUAUCAUUGAUGUGGAUGGUGACGGCAAUGUCACAGUAUUGAAUGGCACCACGGGAACGUCCUCAAAAACAGACAUAGAUGUGUCCCCUGCUGGAAUUGCCUAAAUUCUACGGAAAGAAUUGUGAGAUUCGAACAGUUUGGUUUGUUGGCACUCCGCAAGGUGUCCUAGAUUCAGAAGUCUUCCCAAUUUCAAUGUAAUCUUAGCCAAGAGUGAUUCUGAAUGCAUCAACGAGAAGGGACAGAUUUGAAUCCAUUUAUUCCCGCUCGCACAGCUGGAGGUUUUUUCACUCGCCAGUUGCGGAGCCCAUCGCUAGUAAAUUCUGGCCAGUGAUCAGCUAGGUUAGUUUUUAUUGGGUCCAAGGUUCGACAUAUACGAAGUUUCGAAGCCUGCGCUCUUCAGGAUUUUGUUUGUACAUUCUUUUUCUAUGCUAGGAUUGGGCAGUCUUUUCUAUCAUCAUAAGGGUUGUCCGUAAUCUCUUCGCUGCUACGUAUUUGGUAGACCAUAGUAUCCCACUAAGAAGGUGGGUUGUACAGGGAGUUCCCUCGUCUGUCGUAAGCAUUUCUAUCUUCACAUUUGUGAGGUAUUAUUAUGGAACAAGGCUGGAGGGAUGAGCUUGGAUAACGAGGAGUCUAUUUUCGUAAA